GCUAGGUGGGGGGGUUGUGUUUGUUUUCUCUCGCGCGCGGACAUGAGGCUCGAGGCGGAGGGCAGCUGCAGCAGCAGCAUCCUCGCCGUUUGUUAGCGCUGGCGCGCGCGCCGCCGGUCAUCCGCUUCUAGCUAGAUUACUGCUCGUGUGUGCACGCGCGCCGGGAGGACGACGGGAACGAGAACGACGACGACGACGACGAAGAAGACCACCACCGCCGCCAAUACUACCACCGCGUCCACCCUACGACGAAGACGACGAUGAUAGUGAAGACGAUGCUGCCUUGACCGAGCAUCCUCUGUGCGCGCGCGAGAUCCGCAGAGACGUGCCGCCAUGAGGGCGCGCGGGGCUUCCCCAGGCGGGCGCGGCGUGGCCGGUUAGCGCGAGCGAUUGCAGCAGCACGGGGGCCCGAGGGUUGGGGUUAGCGCGCGGCUCGAUUGCAGCAGCAGCCCCACCAUCACCUCCACCACAACUAUCACCACCAUCACCGCGGCCCUCCGUCUGAUGCUGUGCGCGCGAGGAGGAGAUUAAACGUGCAAAAAAGGGAAGAGAGGAAAAGAGGAGGAGGAGAAAAAACAACAGCGUUUCUCUCGUUAUUCGCUUGGAAUCUCAGGGAAAAAAAUUAAAUAAAUCACUACAAAAAUGUCCUCGCGGUCAGCUUUGCCGUCUGCCACUGACCGGAGCUCGGAUCACCAUGCGUCUCUGGCGGCGAGCCGUUCGGAUAAGGGCACGAGUGUGUCGAGCCGCUCCCUCGGCGCACGCUGCCGGAACUCCAUGGCUUCCUGCUCGGAUGAUCAGCCGCACAUCGGAAACUACCGGCUCCUCAAGACCAUCGGCAAGGGCAACUUCGCUAAAGUUAAACUGGCCCGCCACGUCCUUACCGGCCGAGAGGUUGCAAUAAAGAUCAUUGACAAAACCCAGUUGAAUCCAACCAGCCUGCAAAAGCUAUUUCGAGAGGUGCGGAUCAUGAAGGCUCUUCGUCAUCCCAACAUAGUGCAACUGUUUGAGGUGAUUGAGACAGAGAAGACCCUUUACCUGGUCAUGGAGUAUGCGAGUGGAGGUGAGGUGUUUGAUUAUCUGGUGUCUCACGGGAGAAUGAAGGAGAUUGAAGCGAGAGCCAAAUUCAGACAGAUCGUCUCUGCUGUUCAUUAUUGUCACCAGAAAAACAUAGUCCACAGGGACCUGAAGGCGGAGAACCUGUUACUGGACGCUGAUGCGAAUAUUAAGAUAGCAGAUUUUGGGUUCAGUAAUGAGUUCACGUUGGGGAAUAAACUAGACACGUUCUGCGGCAGCCCCCCCUACGCUGCCCCCGAGCUUUUCCAGGGUAAGAAGUACGACGGGCCGGAGGUGGAUAUCUGGAGCCUGGGGGUCAUCCUCUACACACUGGUCAGUGGGUCUCUCCCAUUUGACGGACAGAAUCUGAAGGAGCUGCGUGAGCGUGUGUUGAGGGGGAAAUACAGAGUUCCCUUCUACAUGUCCACUGACUGUGAGGGUAUUCUGCGCAAGUUUCUGGUGCUCAACCCCAGCAAGCGCUGCACACUAGAGCAAGUGAUGAAGGAUAAAUGGAUGAAUUCAGGGUUCGAUGGUGAAGAGCUGAAGCCUCAUGUGGAACCGGCUGAGGACUUUAGUGACCCCAGCCGCAUUGAGGUAAUGGUCGGUAUGGGCUUCACUACUGAUGAAAUUAAGGACUCGUUACUCAAUCACAAAUAUGACGAAGUCACUGCAACUUACCUUCUGCUGGGGCUGAAGUCUCAGGACGGUGCAGAGUCCCGUAUCAGCGGCAGCAUGACGUUGCCGAGAGUGCGGCCGAGCCCCAUAACCAACGGAACCAACAAACACUCCACAGGUGGUGCCACUGCUUCUUCGUCGUCCUCCUCCACUUCCUCUCACAGCAAGACCCAGCGCAGCGCCUCCACCUACCACCGCCAGCGACGGCACAGUGACUUCUGUGGUCCUAGCAUGCCUGUGAUGCACCCUAAGCGUAGCCCGACAAGUGGUGGAGAGCGUGAGCUGCGUGAGAGCCGGAUGCCUCCUCGUAAGGCCAGCUGCAGCGUAAUGGGCAGCCGCAGCCUGCCUCCGUCCAGUCCAAUGGUCAGCAGCGCCAACAACCCCAACAAGGCAGAAAUCCCUGAGCGCCGCAAGGACAUGACUGCUACUACUAAUAACAUCCCUGGUAGUGCGAUGACCCGCAGGAACACAUAUGUGUGUACGGACCGCCCCAGCACUGACAGACACUCCUUACUGCAGAACGGGAAGGAGAACAGCUCUCUCUCCCACCGCCUGCCCCCCACCUCUCCCUCCACUCUCAGUAUUGCAGGUGCGGGAGCCUCCUCUUCCUCGUCUUCAGGCGAGCGGUGCAGGCUGACCCGCGGCUCCACCAUCCGCAGCACCUUCCAUGGUGGGCAGCUGAGGGAGCGAGUGCCCGCCGCGUACGGACCGCCCCCCACCUCGCCCACGCUGGGCCACGAACAGGCCGCCCUGCCGCCACACACGCGCUCCAGAGCCACGUCAAACCUGUUCACCAAACUCACCUCCAAACUCACUCGCAGGGUCACAAAUGAACCUGAGAGAGUCGGCCGACCUUCGCUCUCAGGUGGCCAUCUAUCUGGGGAUCAGAAAGAGGCCGAGCCCUGGCCCGGGGGAGGGGGGUGGUGGGGGGAUGUGAGACUCCGCCCCUCCCGGCCCCCCCGCCCCCCCGCUCAGGUGGUGCUGGCCGUGCGCGAGGCGGCACGGGGGUGCGGCUGCCAGGUGAGCCACGCCGGGCCCUUCCUGCUGCGCUGUAGCCACGAGGCGCCGGGUUCGAAGGUCGCCUUCCAGGCCGAGGUGUGCCAGCUGACCCUGGGCUCAGCCGAGACCAACGGCGUGCGCUACACACGCUUGUGGGGGGCGCCGCUCGCUUUUAGACAUAUCGCCUCGCAAAUCUCCAAAGAGGUGGAGCUUUGAGGGGCGGGGGCCCGGAGCAGGACACGGCCCCUUCUCCUCUCUGUCAUCGUGACAAACAACAGACUUGGCCCCGCCCACCUCUGGUUGCGUUGACUUUAAAACGAUUUACUCUCUCCUCCAGUGAAUACACUCUCCUGAUAUACUCACACACACACACACACACGCAUAUAAACAAUCACACACUAGGGCUGCACGAUAUUAAAAAAAUACAGUUUAGCGAUUAGAUUGGUACAUAUUGCAAUUGCAAUAUGCCCCUAAAAUAGAUAAAAAUGCAUUGACGAGAUUGGCCUGCAUUAUUUUACAGCAAAAUGAUUGAUAUUUGUUGAAUAAUGUGGACGCUUUAAUUUCACCCAAACUCCUGCGAAGACAAAGACAGCACAGAAUACAAAACGCAGUCAUAUCGUAGCUUUCUGCAAUAUCAGUAUUGUGAAGCCCAGUAUCACAAUAACAAUCAACUACCGAUAUAUUGUGCAGCCCUUACACGCACAUCUGAAACUACGUGACACAGCGUGUCAACGCGCACACACACACUUUUCCUUGAAGCAACCUCAUCCACAGGACCUGGAUUGAUUCCAGAGUAGUAUUUUUAUUAUUGUUCUACUCAUGAAAUUCUAUUAUUAUCACCAUUCAGUUUUCUUGUUUCUUAUUUUACCACAUAAUAACUAUUUUGUAAAUCCUCUUGCUGUUUUUAUCGGCUCACUUUUUAUUUUUUUCCAUUGUUUUUGCCAUCUCAGACCCAGAUGUCAUGUAGAUCUUUAGCUACUUGAAAGCAUUAAUGUCCUUAAAAAAUAUCACCAACCUCCCCUAUAUUUCCCACUACCACCUCCUGAACCUCUGAUUAAAGUCCCGUUGGUUAACAGAUUGUUCAGUCAGUUAAACCAAACCUAAUCACAGACAAAUAUAUCAGGGUACAGUUUGUCUCAUAUCAGGCUAGAGCUACACUUCAGUGAUCACAGUACUAAUAAUUGCUAACAGUACCCCAUCAAACUUAAUGUGGCCUGUAUUGACAGUGUGUUUCAAGUGUUUUACAGAGUAAUGUAUUAAACUGAUUGAUAGUGGUAGUAGAUACCACUUGCAAAUCAGGAUUAGAUAAAAAUAAAUGCUGGAUUAAUUCUGGAACACAGCAAAAUAUAAUCACAGACAGCUCUGAAAAAAAUUAAGAGACCACUUCAGUUUCUGAAUCAGUUUCUCUGAUUUUGCUAUUUAUAGGUUUAUGUUUGAGUAAAAUAAACAUUGUUGUUUUAUUCUAUAAACUACGGAAAAUAUUUCUCCCAAAUUCCGAAUAAAAUUAUUGUUAUUUAGAACAUUUAUUUGCAGAAAAUGAGAAAUGGCUGAAAUAGCUUUCAGACCUCAAAUAAUACAAAGAAAACAAGUUUUAUAUUUAAGUUAUAUAAGUAUAUAAGUUUUAAGAGUUCAGAAAUCAAUAUUUGGUGGAAUAACCCUGAUUUUUAAUCACAAUUUUCUUGCAUCUUAGCAUGUUCUCCUCCAGUCUUACACACUGCUUUUGGAUAACUUAAUGCCACUCCUGGUGCAAAAAUUCAAGCAGUUCAGCUUGGUUUGAUGACUUGUGACCAUUCAUCUUCCUCUUGAUUAUAUUGCAGAGGUUUUUAAUUUGGUAAAAUCAAAGAAACUAGUAUGUAUAUAAUAUAUAAGUGGUCUAUUACUUUUUUCCAGAGCUGUAUAUUACAUAUAUAGAUUCAACACAGAUGCAGGAUUUCUUUGUGUUCAACAGUAGCGUGUGUAACCUCAAUGCAGGAUUUCUCUGCUAGCUAGAUAACUAGCUAAAAGUCAAGUCUUCUUCAAUAGGAAUGGUUUAUUCUGUUUGGGCAGUCUUAACUUUAGGCUUCUAUUAUGCAGUUUACUAAGAAAUCUUGCUUGGGGUUGAUACAGCAGACUGACCCUUCUAGAAUAGAUCAGGAAUCGUUUAUCAUAUUGUAGCACUUCAAGUAGCAAAAGGCAUAAUUACAACUCUGAGCUCACCCCCACUUUCCUUACCCUUUCUGAAACAGACUGUUAUUGGCUGAUUUUCCCUUUUUCCACACAUUCCAUUCAACUCUACAGAGACUUACUCGUACAAUGAAAACUCUGCCUCCUUUUAUCUAAUGCGAGUAGAGCUGAGCAUUGUGUCAGAGGAAGGAAUGUGACUGUGUGGCCAGUCAAGUGGCGAUGACUUAAUGAAUGAACCACAGAGCAUGUGGCAAAAGAAUUACAUAUUACUUAACCCAUGAGAGCCCAGACCCAUUUCUUAAUAUUGAUAUCAGAUUCAGAAAUUAUACAUUUAGUGAGCAGCUCAUUCAUGUUUGUUUCUUAUUGUGGGAACAUGACUAAAUAUUGAAGAUUAAAUUCUGUCUUAAAUUUUAAAAUGAAAUUUUUUUAAAUCAGCUACAUUUUUUUUGUAUAUAUAUAAAAAAGAACUGUUUAUGUAAAGUUAACCAGUAACACACACUAAUGUUUAUUAGAUUAUUAGGCUAGCCCUAGUGGUGCUACACACUGUGAUAUGUGAAGUAUUUUGCCAUAUACAGACAAACAUGUUGGUGAAUCUGUAGUGUUGACGUGUAAAACAUUGGGAUGCUCAAAGCAUUGAGGCCAAUUUAAUUAGCAAAUUUAAGUCUGUACUGCCAAUACUGCAGUCAGGAUUAACAAACAAUAUAUUGUGCAGCCCUAAUCUAUGUUAUUAUUAUACAUUAUUUUACCAGGGGUUUACAGAUAUAUUUUCCUUUGUCAGUCUUGGGAUACCACAGCGACGGUGCUCACUGAACAUGAAUAAUGUAAAAGGAGCUAAACGACUAAACACACGGGUAUAAAGAGGUUAUAUUGAAAAAGAGUAACAGCCUAUUUAUUUAAGGGAAAAAGAAACCCAAAUUAAUGCAAAAGAGUUAAUUUUUGGAACUGUGUACAUUGUUAUUUUUUUUUAAACUAAGAAUGUUAACUAGUUAAUUUAAUCAAUAUAAACUGAACUUUUAAGUGCUUCAUCUUAAAUGUGAACUGACAUGACACUGACAACAGCACUGAGACAUUCAUAGGUUGAAAUAAUCCCCUCCAUCUAGUUUAGACCAAGCAGUUAAACAGGAAAAAAAUAACUUACACAUAGAUUUACUCACCUUCCUGCUUUAUUCAGAUGCAAUUGACCAGAACUUGAGCUAAAACCACUACUUUAAAAAAAAAACUUGUAGACUAUUCUGCAGCAAGCGAGGGAAGGAGAGAGAGAGAGCGAACAUACGGAGAGAGAGAAACGGAAGCAGGUAGGACUGCACAAAUGUUCAUAGGCACAAUCUUUCAAUCCUUAUAGGCACAAUCAGGCACUUCCAACUCUGUGGAAAAGUAUUUAACCAUAAACUAAUGGAAUCAGAUCAGAUAUUCUCCUGACCACUAGUUUAAUAGGGGACGGUUCUCCAUUGUGCAGUGCUGUGGUCCUUCAUGACUGGUACAGAAGGAAAGCCAUGGUUUUGCCAGGCAUUGAAUUAUAAAACUAUUACAUCAUUCCUAUUAAAAUAACUUCUGUUAUUAAUAACAAUCAUUAUAAUUACGAUAAUAUGUGUUAUAAUAAGUGUGUUCCAGGUGGACACGGGCUCUGAAUGAUUUUAUAUAUGUGUUUUAAUUGAGGCAAACCAUCAUCAUAGUUUACCUCAAUCUUACAUGGGUCCCAUCUAGGCCCCGUGUUCUGUGUUCAACCCAGAUGCGACCCAUAUUUAAGCCUUCCUGGUCCCAACCCUGACUCCUAACAUCCAUAUUUGGAGCCAACACGAAACCUAUUUACAAAACUUUCUUGGACCCUGUUACACUAACCCUACAGCCCCCACAUAGGCAUGUUAUCUAUGAUAAUUACCAACAAUUGAAGAAAGCACCCUCCAACAACACCUAACUGACACAAGCUCAGCUCCACUCAUCCCAUACCUUUACCCUAAACUGCAAACACUGUAUGACCCCUGCUUCCCUCCUGUCCUUCUUUCCCUUCAUCCCUUUAUCUUUCCACCUUCUGUUCGUUUUUCAUGUCUGUUUUCCCGUGUAUUCAGUAUGUGCGAAAAGAAAAAGAGGAAAAAAAAAAGAUCAACUCGUGGGAGGAUCAUGGGAAACUCCUCGUCUCAUCGUUUUUGUCUGCUCCUUGAUCGGACUCCUGUACUGGAGACGCUUCCCAACGUCAAACUCCGAGCAGCGUGUGUGAAAGAAGAGCGCAGGACCGGUCAGGGCCGCGUCUGAGCCGGACAGCAGGCGGCGUGUUCAGACGUGUUCAGACGUGUGUUUAGGCCUCCAUGCGCUCGCUUUGACUUGAAUCAGCUGCAUCCUAUGGCUCUUUUGGGUAAUGCCCAAAUCCUGCCACCGGAGGGCACUAAUGUCUUAAAUGUGAACACUUCAAUUUGUGGAUAUUUGCACAGGUACUUAAUUUAUUUUCUAGGAUAAUUAUCUUGGGAGAGAGAAAAAAAAUCACUUGAUUUAUAUCGGUCAGACCUUGACUGUAUAUAAAGAUGAAGAAGAUGAAGAUGAUGAUGAAGAAAAUAAUAAUAUGACUAUAGUAUUUAUCUUAGAACCUCCAGGUUAAUUUCUAGCUAGUGCAGAACUACUCUGCUAGCUCUCCAGAACCUUCUGUGUGUGGUGAAGACAAACAGUUACCUGCAGUCAUGCAUGACCCAGAGAGAGGGGAAGAAAGAGAAGGGAAGAGCGACAGAGUUGAUAGGGAUAGAGACUGAGAGAGAGAGUGUGUGUGUGUGUGUUUGAGUGAGAGUGUGUGUGUAGGACAGGCACAUAUUUUCCAGGUAUUGCAAAAGCAGAUAUAAAGUGUUAAUUGGAGUGUGUGUGUGUGGCAAGUAAAUAUGUGUUUAAAACCAGGGAUGUAAGUGAGAGGGUUGCAGUCAGGUGCUCUGAAAGCAACACAUUUCGCUACAGUUGUGUGUGUGUGUGUGUGUGUGUGUGGUAUGGUAUUUCUCAUAAAGCAUUACUCUAAUAUGCAAUAUGAUGGAAGAACAGGGCAGAGACAGUGGCAGAAGGAAGGAUGGAUUUGGCCCCUGAGGCAGUUUGCUAAGAAAACUUGUUUUUUUAUUUGUAUUUAUUUUUUGUUCCCAGAAGUCUGUGCACCUCUGGCCAAGCGAGAGAAAUGGAAACAAAAGAUCUGGAGAGAAAUAAAACUUCACUGAUGUUGAAA